UUCGACUUCUCUUCUUUUGGUGGUAUCAUUCUAGACCCGCGAGUCGAAAUCAAGAUGGCUGCUCCUACGCAACUUGCUUUCCGCACGCUCAAGGGCAUUAGCAUCAUGGAUGCUGCCCCCGUCUACCAGCCCCUUUCUGGGUUCGAGAAACCAGAGGGAAACCUCCGCUGUAGCGGCUACUCGCCGUGUGGCCGGUACUUCGCAUGGGCAUCACCCGAGAAGGUCACCAUUAUCGACCCUUCCGUGGGCCUUGUCGUUGGGACUAUCCCCGCCGAUAACGUGUUCGAGUUGGGAUUCUCGCCACUCGGCACCUAUGUGAUCACCUGGCAACGCACGUCCAAGGACGAGAACGGAGACGCCGUCAAGAACUUGAAGGUGUGGCGUGCCAUUGAGGCCGGAGACAACCACUCGGUUGUGGGAAGUUUCGUCCAGAAAUCGCAGACCGGUUGGAACUUGCAGUACACUUCCGAUGAGAAGCUGUGCGCCCGCACCGUGACCAACGAGGUUCAGUUCUACCAGAGCGACAACCUGUCCACUGUUUGGAACAAGUUGCGCGUGGAAGGAGUGGCGGACUUUGCGUUGUCGCCCGGUCAGACUCAGUCUAUCGCCGUGUUCAUUCCUGAGCGCAAGGGCCAGCCUGCCCAGGUUAAGGUGUUCAUUGUGCCGCAGUUCACUGCGCCCGUGUCCCAGAAGAGUUUCUUCAAGGGCGAUAAGGUCCAGCUGAAGUGGAACGCUUCCGGAACUACUUUGAUCGUGCUUGCGCAGACUGAGGUCGACCGCACUGGUAAGAGUUACUACGGCGAGACGACCCUGUACUUGCUGAGCGCCAGCGGUGCAUUCGACUCGCGCAUUGAUCUUGAUAAGGAGGGUCCUAUUCACGAUGUUAGCUGGAACCCCAACUCGAAGGAAUUCGGUGUUGUGUACGGCUACAUGCCCGCCAAGACGACCAUCUUCAACUUCCGCGGUGUCCCCAAGCACAACUUCCCCCUUGCGCCGCGCAACACUAUCCAGUUCUCGCCCCAUGGCCGCUUCGUGCUGGUUGCCGGUUUCGGUAACCUGGCAGGACAGAUGGACCUUUACGACAUGGACAAGAACUACCACAAGAUCACCACUGUCGAGGCCUCCAACGCCAGCGUUUGCGCCUGGUCGCCCGACGGACAGUACAUCCUGACCGCGACGACCAGCCCCCGCCUGCGCGUCGACAACGGCGUGCGCAUCUGGCACGUCACUGGCGGUCUCACCUACAACGAGGAGAUGACUGAGCUGUACGAUGUCACCUGGCGCCCCCAGAGCAUCGAGCAGCACCCGCUGGGCGAGCCGCUCUCCAAGGUGCCUGCUCCCCACCCCUCUGCCACCGCCUACAUGGGCACACGCAAGGCCCCCGUCAAGCCAGCAGGUGCCUACCGCCCUCCCGGCGCCCGCGGCCAGCUGACCCCGCUCGCAUUCAAGCGUGAGGAUGAAGGUGGUGCCGCCUUUGUCCGCGACGGCGUCCCCGGCGCUAGCAUGAAUACCUUCGGCAAGCCCCGCCGUCGUGAGAUCCCCGGCGCCGAGCCCUUGGAGGAGUACCUGCCUCCCGGAGCUGCGCCCGGUGGCGGCGUCGCCCUGCCUUCCGAGAACUUGUCCAAGUCCGCCGCGAAGAACAAGAAGAAGCGCGAGGCCGCCAAGAAGGCCAAGGAAGAUGGAACUGAUAACGCUCCUCCUGCCAACGCCCCGACUGGACCUAGCCCAGAUCGCAACCGCAACCGCAAUAAGAACGCCGCCGUCGUGAAUGGAAACGGUGCGGCCAAGUCUGCGCCCCCUCCUCCUGCCGCUGCUCCCACCCCUCCCCCUGCUCCUGUCGCUGCUCCCGCGCCCGUUGAGGACCCCUCUGCCCAGGAUAAGAAGAUCCGCGGCCUGUUGAAGAAGAUCCGCGCUAUUGACGAGCUUAAGAUGCGUCUUGCUGGCGGUGAGAAGCUGGAAGAUACGCAGAUGAAGAAGAUCCAGACUGAGGAUGCGGUGCGGAAAGAGCUUCAGGCUGUUGGUUAUGAUGGUUAA